AUGCACAAUCUUUUCAAGAAGUCGCCUGCUGUGGAUGAAUUCGGAGUGCUGCGGAUUGAUGACAGAAUAGGAGCUGCCCCGCAUACUCAAUUCGACACAAGGUAUCCGGUGAUUCUCCCGAGAAAACAUCUGGUUACCGAACUGAUCGUGGACGACUACCACCGUGCGCUUCGUCAUGCUAACUCGGAAACAGUGGUGAAUGAAAUUCGCCAACAUUUCCACAUUCCUCGGCUGCGGACAGUGGUGAAGCAGGUUGCAACCGCGUGUCGUUGGUGCAAAUUGAUAAAAGCGACACCGAAGGUUCCGCGAAUGGCCCCACUCCCACCAGCGCGAUUAGCAUCGUUCGUUCGGCCGUUCACUUACACUGGUAUUGAUUUAUUUGGACCACUAGUGGUGAAAGUGGGAAGAAGCGCUGCGAAGCGUUGGAUCUGCCUUUUUACCUGUUUAACUACUCGCGCAGUCCACGUUGAGGUGGCAUACUCUCUCUCUACGCCCUCGAGUGUGAAGUGUAUUACGCGUUUUGUUAGCCGACGCGGGUCACCUGCGGAGAUAUACUCGGACAACGGCACAAAUUUCGUCGGGGCCGCGAGGUUGCUUAGGGAACAGGUCGAAGCUAUACACGAUGAAUUGGCGGUAACGUUCACUAAUACUGAUACUAAAUGGAUUUUCAUACCACCGGCAGCACCCCACAUGGGCGGAGCGUGGGAGAGAAUGGUACGGUCGAUAAAAACUGCCAUGGAAACUGCGUACUACAAUAAUAGCAAGCUGGAUGAUGAAGGGUUGGCAACCCUGGUCGUUGAGGCUGAAGCAAUCGUCAACAAGCGGCCACUUACCUACUUGCCUUUAGAUGCUGCUGAGACAGAAGCUCUGACUCCGAACCACUUCCUGUUAGGGAGUUCCAAUGGCGUGCUCCAACCCGUGACAGCAUUCACUGACCCUGCGUUGGCGCUCAAAAGCUCCUGGCACCAAAUUCAACACCAGCUUGACAUCUUCUGGAAGCGAUGGAUCCGGGAAUAUCUGCCGAUGCUGACAAAGCGGACAAAAUGUAGACGAUUCCCUGAGAAACGGUUGGUUGCGUGGACGAGUCCUGGAAGCUGUGGCUGGCAAGGACGGGAGAAUCCGGCAAGCAGUUGUUCAGACUACAAGAGGGAUACUGCGUAG